CUGCGGCGGAUAAUUAUUGUUGGAGCCUCGCGCCUCUUUUAAUCGUCGUCGCCGUCAUGGAAGUUGGCAGCCCUCCCAGCUCGGCGGGCAGCAGAAGGGGCGGAGGCGAUCGAGAAGAGGCGGCGAGGGGGAGCGGCGGCGCCAUGAGGGCCCGCGUGUGCGCGCGCGUCCGCACGCCGCAGGGCGUCGGGGCGCUGCUCCUCGUCGGCGGCGCGAUCGUCGGUGCCGCCGUCUUCGCGUGGCGGCGCCACUGCGACCGCAAGAAGGCCAAGAACACCCAACGCAGCAAGGAGGAGGAGAAGGUUCCGGAAGAUAGUGGAGUUGUUGAGAACGAGCAGAUUCAGGACAAGGUCGAUAAAUCUGAUGAGAAUUUGAGCAGGGAGGAUGCAGAGGUUGAAGCCAAUGGAUUGGAUGGGGAGAAAACAGAGGAGCCUCAUGAGAUUCAGGCCAAGGUGGACGAGAUCGUUGCUGAUGAAUUGGACAGGGAACCAGUAGAUAACUUUGACACAAACUCAAGCACGGAACUUACCGACAUCAUAGACGAUACGGGCCGUGGAGAUGUAAAGAAGGUUGAACAGGAUUCAAGCAUGAGUGGCGUCGAGAAUGAGGUCACACCAAAUGCCACCGAAGAUGUGGAGAACUCUGAUGAAAGCACUCUUACCAUCAGCAGCCCAGUGAUCCCCAAUGAAGAACAUAACGGGCACGAUGAUGGCGCUGAUGAAGAGACCGAAUCAACACAGAUCACUCCAAUAGCACAGAUGACGGCGCAUCUACCGCAACUCUCAGAUGAAGUGAAGGUGGAGAACAUGAUCGAAACAGUCACAGUGGACAAUGUGUCUAAGCACGAGGAGCAGAAACCGCCGGCACAAGAUCCUGUCGCGCAAGUCGACUCACCUGCAUGUUCUUCGAUACCAAGUCUGCUCAAGACAACACAGAAGAAGAGACCCGUGAACCCAGGGCAGAACGAGACAGGGAUGAAGCUCGGACAUGAUAGCGGCAAUGGUGAGCUGAGCAAAGGGGGAGCAGCACAGGGUGUAGCCAUGGUGACCAUGAACCGUAGAGCUACUUCAAUGGCUAUUCUUGCCAUCAUCUUCGCAGUGACCAUCGGACUAAACCUCGUCAUGCGCUUCUAUUCCGCUUUGCAAGCGGCAUGACCAUCUUCACAUGAACUCGCAGUAUGUUUGCUACAUGAGUUGCAGAUCCUACAAAAAGGAAAAGAAAAAGUGCAGUUUGUUCUUUGGUCAAGUGCAGAUAAGGGUCAGCUGGAGUGGCAUGGCCUGAAGAAAAUCACCAUGAUAAUUUCAGUCAGAAAAAAUUCCCACGUGAGGUGGAACGUGCAGAAGGAGGAAUAAGCUUGAUGCUACCAUGGCAUUUUAGUCAGCCAUAGGGUAGUAGCCUGAUGUAGGAACUAGUAGUUUGUCGACCUGUCUUAAGACCUUGAGAUUAUUCUGUGCAGAGUCUUUACAAUGCACGAGGGUGUUUUGACUAUUUCCAAGUUAUAAUUCGAAAGCCCUCGGUCAAGCA